AUGAUACCCGUAGUCCUCGGACAGCGCGAUCCCAAGCGUGCUCUCGUCACCGUUCAUAUUCGUCAACUCGGCGUACCCGAUCGCAGAGCUGGAGGUGUCUACGAGGACGAGCUUCGAGCUCACAGUAAGCUGAUCAGUCGCCGACUCGAUGAAGACAUUGCGGCAGGGUUCAUCAAGGCCGACGACAUGGACAAGAACGUAUUCCUGAAAGGAAUCUCCCACGGUCCUGCUGCGAUGAUUUGCGAGGAGAUCGAUGUUCUGUACAAGCGCAAGAAGCAUGACAAGAAUGGUGACUUCAAGCUGAAGAUCAAUGCUUACCACCUUCCACUUGCUCACGGUGUUGCCUUGUGGACGGCGGUACUCGCGAUGGAAAUCUACGAUCCGCCACAGCACGAUCAUAUGGAGAGACAACUGCGCUGGAACAUCGGCCACAACAAGAUCUCCCCGUCCGAAAUGCUGGCAAUUGCUCGCGGCGCCUACCAGUAUCGUGAGGUCUACAAAUUAUGGGGCGUCCUGGUUCACCAAGUUGCUUACGACGUGCUCUACGACAAGUACACCAUCAAAGAAGGCAAUGCACUUCGCGCUGCUGCUAUCGAGGCUAGAGAUAUGCCGGAGUUGCUGGUCGAGAUGUCGGCGCGUUAUGUCCACCUUAGGGACAUUAAGGAGCAUCGUGAGCAGGAGACUGAAAGGAGGGCUGCUCGAAACUAG